GUGUGCAACAUGUACAAAAGAAGAUGGAGUAAAAUAAUUAGAUGUUACAUAAUUCAGUGAGAUAUUACAGAUGCUUGUACCCCACAGGAAUUUCCCUGCAGGUAGCUGUGUGAGAAGAGAUUGACAAGGAGCUUAACUAAUUAAAAGGAAAUACAAAUUAUCAUUUGACUGAAAGAGACAUCAACACAUUGAUUCAGCUGUAAUGAUUAAACACAAGGUUCUGUGAUUGGAAGUGAGCAAGCUAGCAGAUGUUUUUUAGGAGGGUUAGCUAAAUGUAAUGAAUAUGCUAACGGUUGAAAUGGCUAGCUCAAAGAAAUGUUGGCCAAAAGUUAGCUCUAAAUGGUUAUAUAUUUAGCUUAAAGUAAAUAAUAGUUGAGAUAGUUCAAUAAAACUAACAGUUAACAUAUAAUGGAUUAAUAGCUAGCCUUUAGCUAGCUAAAAGUAGAAUAGCCUAUACAGUUUAAAGUUAGUUGUAUUGUCAACCAAUUUAAUGUCACAUUUCUUUUGGCUAACAAUUUACUUAACAGGCCUAAAUAAGCUAGCUUAAAUUUAUCUUACCAUUUAUCCAUUAGAUCUGGUUAACUAUUUCAAAUAUUUAGGCUACUUUGUUAUCCCGAUUUUAGCUAAUUCAAUAACCAAGUAAUCAUUAUACAGGACGCCUAAAAGUAAUACCUUUUGUAGGCCUGACUGAACAGCUGAAUUAGCUUAAAUUAGCUUAUGGAUAAGAAAGUAGUAUAAUAUAAUGUUUUCAACAGUUAGCUAAAAGUAGCUAAAGGGUAUGUUGUAUGGAUAGAUAAUAAUAUAACAGAUAGUUGAUGAGAAUGGUCCAAUAUUUCAUGAUAAAUCAUGCAUAACCAAAAUGAAUAGGCCUAUACAUGUUUGAAUUAGCAUUGUUAGCUAAAAGUAACGGAUAGGUCGUUGAACUAGAGUUCCUCAUUGUGCUGAUAUGAAGAGGUAAGUUACACAUAAACUCCUACAUGAUAAUAUCUUUGUGAGAUUUGAAAAGUCCAGUCAGUCAUAUUUGAUAUGACUUGAUUUAUUAUCCUGUUCAUGCCCUUUAUGUUGUGUACUGUUGCUGGUCAAGGUACACGUCUGAUAUACUAUCCUAUCAUCACAGAUACUACUGGUAUCUACAGCGAAAACCAUGUUGUUGUUGUCCGCGUGUGAAGUGAUUCAUGCAGCUGAGACUGGAAUCAGUAGAUAAACGGUUGAAAUAGGCAGCCAAAAGCCAAAUAAUCAUCCGAAAAUCAAUCAGGAAAUAGUCGUGGUCACGUAGGUUACUUUGGGAGAACGGUUGAAAAGAAUACAUGCGGGCCUUCACUCCCUGCUCGGUCCAAUCCCUCAGUGACCUGUGGCCUGGUGCCCUUGAUACUGAUAGUGAGCAUCACAACACAACAACUGCCAACAUCGUGGCCGACGUGUGUGAACGAGGCAUGUCAGUGUAGCAGCUGCCAACAGAGACCGGGCUGCCAAGUAGCCUGUUUUCAUGGAGAGUUGAUUACCAGGUUGGACUGUCAGAGUGCUCUGGUUCAUGUGUCACUGGAGUGUGUUUUACUUUCUCUUCCAUGUGCUGCAGCGUCUGGAUUGAAGCAUGUGAUGUGCUGGUGCAAUCUUCCUGCACUCCAGUUUCUGUCCGUCUCUCUGUUGUGAAAACCACACUGAAGAACCAAAGGAUAAAUGAAACUGUUGGUCUGUUUGUUAGAAUAAAUCCGCUCUUGUAGUGGGAAAAUCAAAAACUUUCAUCACGAUACAAUAUAUAUUAUAUAUCGAUUCUUCUGACAACGAUAAGAUACUUGCCGAUAUUACAAAGUCUGCCGCCAUAGAAUUGCGAUUCAAUUCGAUAGAGAGGCCUGCGAUCAACAUAGGAUGACGUCAUCUGCCCAUUUAUAUCACAAAAAGCAGCUAAAAUAAGAUUUGACAGUUUUAUUUCUGAACACUUCACAGUUCAACGGUUCCAGACAUUUAAAUGGAAAAUAUCUAUUCCUUUUAAUAAAAAGAAAGCUCUGUUUGCAUGAUUUGUGCCCCCCAAAGCCCGCGACACUGACUAACUACGCCACACGAUGUCGACAUUUUCUUUCUUUCUAGCUUGCUUCUUUUUCGGGCGCGCAAAGAAUCUUGGGAUAUGUGAGGAUAGUAGCGGUGCAUCCUCCAAAAAGAGAGAAAAGAAGGCCACAUUUGUGGGCUGCAUUUUGAGGAGCCUUCAAAUUGGGACAGCCUUCACACCACAGACAUGCCAUGGGAAUUUCAAAAUAAAGGCGUAUCUUAACAACGGUGGUGAUGCUAUUGGAAUGUUAGUCACUGAAUCGAUAUAUCAAUCCGGAUCAAUGUAUCGUUACACCCCUAAUCUUAAGCUUGUGUUUCCUGUUUUUAUAACCACAAAAUAUGGAUGACAUGACGCGACGCCUUCAUUCACACAACACAAACCUUCACAAUAAGUGUCCACUUCCUGUUGAAUAUGACAAGUUAGGCUACAGAAGCCGCACGUGAUCAUCGCAACCAUCUAUGAGUCAAACUAAACAGGAAUUUACAGCAGUUAUUCAACUAUAAUUUCUCAAAAUUGCAAUAAAAUAAACUUCUUCUCUUACUCUUUGUACUGUGUAGUUGUCGUUUAAACUCUCUAAAGAUUGAAUUUGCUUUACAUAAUUGUGGCCACGUGAGUAAGAACAGAGAGAAAAUAAAGGCAAUUCAAUAAUUUUCUCCUUGCUGCAGCUCUUUUCUCAGAUUCUGAUAUCACAGAGGAGCUCAUUAAAACAAAAAACAUUCUCACCCAUUAUUUAUUAAGCCGUUUUAAUGUUUUGGAUAAUAUAUUUUGUUAAGUAGCCUUCACAUGGAUGCUCGUUUGACAGUUUUCACACUUCCAUCCGUGGCCAGUGUGGAGUGGCUGCACCCUCGCCGCUCUCUGCUGACCACACGGGCUGAAAAACUGCCAACGCCAAACAAAAAUCAUGUCUACACUUGCAACUAGUCUGUGAAAAGUAACACUUAAAACUGAGUGGGAACGAUGCUGUUAAACUGAAGUCUGUCGUUUCCUCUUUAUUCAUGUUUCACUGCGUCAUGAGUAUAUAAGGUGAUACUCGGACAGAGGUGGAGUUCCUCAUCAUGCUGAUCUGAAGAGAUGGCUGUCUUAGCCGUGGCAGUGUUCGCAGCGUUGUCAUCCUGUGCAGUUGGCUGCUCGGGGAGCACAAAUUCUACUGAGCUGAAGUUGUGGAGGAUGGAAGAUCAACCUCUGGCUGUGCGACUAGCUGCCGUGAUCAAGGAGAUGGAGAGCCUGAGGUGUGAACAAACAACACUUCAGCAGCAGCAGCAGCAGCAGCAGCAGCAGCAGCAGCAGAGCGCUCUGACUCAGACGCAUAGAUCGAGCCGUGAGGACGGAGCUCAGGAGGAAGUCGCAGGAACACACGUCUUUACUUACGGUUCAAACGAUGGUGAAGACGAUCUGAGUCGCCCCGAGAGAGACUCGAGGAGGAGAGGCGACCCCUGCUUCCACUACACGGCCCUGGACCAGGCCUGGAGGGCCACCAACACCACCACCAAGUUCAAGAUGUGUGACCGCGAAGUCAAAUGGAAAGGCUGGUACCGCCUCUUCUACAAUGGGAAGAGUAUUCAGAUGCCUGAGAGGUGCGUCCCCAUCAACAAGUGUGGCACCCACUCCCCGCUGUGGCUGUCGGGGCCUCACCCGAAGAGAAGGCAGGGCAUCGUCACCCGCAGUGUGUGCGGCCACUGGAAGAAGAAAUGCUGCGCCUUCCGAUCCAACCCCAUCCAGGUCAAGAAGUGUCGCGGCAACUACUUCGUCUACAAGUUCACGCCUCCGUCGUCUUGUUACCUGGCUUACUGCGCAGAUAUCAACACUCUUGUAUGUGGGCGGUGCAGGAGAAACCAGUCCUGUGUGAGCACAGAUAAGAUUAACUGGAGGUGUAAGACAAGGAGACGGUCUUCCAAAAAGGUCCACUUCUUUGCCUCUUACCCCGGCCAGCUCCUUGGCAAGGUGAACAGGAUCAAGUACAGUAAGGUUCUGGUGAACGUGGGCCGAGCCUUCAACAGGAGGACCGGAGUGUUCAAAGCUCCUGUUAAAGGAGUCUACCAGUUCUUCUUCUCCACUCAGACGGCCAACUCGGGCCUGAAGACUGAUCUGUGGCUGGUGGUCAACAACUACUGGGUCGCCGUCUCCCACACACACAUCCCCCGCCGCUCCACCGCCGGCAGCCUGUCUACGUACAUGACGUUCCUCCGCAGAGGAGCUAAAGUGUACGUCACCCACAACUGUGGCCGGUCCUGGGCCAGCGCCGCCGCAACCACCAUCACGUUCGGAGGCUCGCUGCUUGUACAAAUGAGAUAAAGCUAUCUAUCUAUCUAUCUAUCUAUCUAUCUAUCUAUCUAUCUAUCUAUCUAUCUAUCUGUUGUUCUUUACAUUAUUCUUACAUUUAUACAUCUUUUAGUUCCAAAUGUAUUUUAUUUAAAGAUUAAAAAACUCUUUUGUAAAAUGUUUCCAAAUAAAAGUAUAUCUAAGGAAUAAAAUGAGAUUUUAAUGUGCAAAAUGUUGUUGAUGAUCAAAAUAUGAACUUGACUUGCAGGAUGCACACAUGUAUUCAUGUUUUGUAUGUUUAUUAUAUAUAAUAUUAGAUUUUUUUUUUUUUUAUGUGUUUUACUCUUUGAGAUGUAGAGUGUGUGAAGUUUUAGGUCCCCAGCUGCUACCAAGUAAUGACAAACAGCAGUAUUUAGUAUGUGAGGGAAAAACACACAGGAUUUUUUUUUUCUGUUAGAGGUGGAAACACAGAAUUUACUGAAGAAACUGCCAAGACAUGUGGCUGCACAUGACAAAAUCAAAAUGUAAAACAAACAAUAAAACGUUUUUGAGAUAUGACCAUUUCUGUAUCACACUGUGUUUAGUUGUUGGGGUUACUCAUGUUAUUAUUAACAAAACACAAGAAAAAUAAAAGUUCCUGUGAUCCCUUGUGACUAAUGACUGAAUAAAAAUGUUGAGAAAAAGCCUCAAACUCAAACCAAAUUUCAAGGGAUGGUCUAAAUCCUUGCGUUUUAUGGCACAAACACUGAUAUACCUCUGCAGGUUUAGUACCC